UUUCAAGAUGGCGGAUAAUCUCCCUUCGGAGUUUGAUGUGAUCAUAAUAGGGACGGGUUUGCCUGAAUCCAUCAUUGCAGCUGCAUGUUCAAGAAAUGGCCAGAGGGUUCUGCAUAUUGAUUCAAGAAGUUACUAUGGAGGAAACUGGGCCAGUUUUAGCUUUUCAGGACUAUUAUCCUGGCUAAAGGAAUACCAGGAAAACAGUGACAUUGUGAAUGAAAGUCCAGCAUGGCAAGAACAGAUUCUUGAAAAUGAAGAAGUUAUUGCUCUUAGCAGGAAGGACAAAACCAUUCAACAUGUGGAAGUGUUUUGUUAUGCCAGUCAGGAUUUGCAUGAAGAUGUUGAAGAAGCUGUUGCACUGCAGAAAAAUCAUGCUUCUGUGACAUCUGCAAACCCCACGGAAGGGGCAGAUUCUGCCUAUCUGUCUUUGGACCAUGAGUCAUUGUGCACUGUGAGCUGUGAAAUGCCCACGGAAAGAACUCCAAAGAGUGAUCUAGAGAGUUCCCUAGAUAUAAAUGAUGUCGAAGCAACAAGGGAAAAAGAAAAGCAUCGUGAUGAUAAAACUUGUGUUAAGUCAGCUUCAGAAGAAACAAAUGAAAAUAUGCUUACAGCAGACGACUCCUCACUGCAACCAAAGGAAAAUAGGAUUACUUACUCACAAAUUAUUAAAGAAGGCAGGAGAUUUAAUAUCGAUUUAGUAUCAAAGCUGCUGUAUUCUCGAGGAUUACUAAUUGAUCUUUUAAUCAAAUCUAAUGUAAGUCGAUACGCAGAGUUCAAAAAUAUUACCAGGAUUCUUGCAUUUCGAGAAGGAAGAGUGGAACAGGUUCCUUGUUCUAGAGCAGAUGUCUUUAAUAGCAAACAACUGACUAUGGUAGAAAAGCGAAUGCUAAUGAAGUUUCUUACAUUUUGUAUGGAGUAUGAAAAACAUCCUGAUGAAUAUAAAGCCUAUGAGGAGAUUACAUUUUCUGAGUAUUUAAAAACUCAAAAAUUAACCACCAACCUCCAGUACUUUGUCCUGCAUUCAAUUGCAAUGACAUCAGAGACAGCCAGCAAUACCAGAGAUGUUCUCAAAGCUACUGAAAACUUUCUUUAUUGUCUUGGGCGAUAUGGCAACACUCCAUUUUUAUUUCCUUUGUGUGGUCAAGGAGAACUUCCUCAGUGUUUCUACAGACCACUUAAUGAGGUGGAAUCAAUGUUGAAUAGGAUGUGUGCUGUGUUUGGUGGAAUCUAUUGUCUUUGCCAUUCAGUACAGUGCCUUGUUGUGGACAAAGAAUCCAGAAAAUGUAAAGCAAUCAUAGAUCAGUUUGGUCAGAGAAUAAUUUCUAAGCAUUUCCUUGUGGAGGACAGUUACUUUUCUGAGAACACAUGCUCACAUGUACAAUACCGGCAGAUCUCCAGGUCAGUCCUGAUUACGGAUAGAUCUAUAUUAAAAGCAGACUCAGAUCAACAGAUUUCCAUUUUGACAGUGCCAGCAGAAGAAACAGGAACUUUAGCCGUUCGGGUCGUUGAGUUAUGUUCUUCGACAAUGACAUGCAUGAAAGGCACAUAUUUGGUUCAUUUAACUUGUACAUCUUCUAAAACAGCAAGAGAGGAUUUAGAACCAGUUGUGCAGAAAUUGUUUACUCCAUAUACUGAAACGGAGAUAGAAAAUGAAGAAAAUGAAAAACCAAGACUUCUGUGGGCUCUUUACUUUAAUAUGAGAGAUUCUUCAGAUGUCAGCAGGAACUCUUAUAAUGAUUUACCAUCCAACGUUUACGUCUGCUCUGGCCCAGACUGUGGUUUAGGAAAUGAUAAUGCAGUCAAAUAGGCUGAAACACUUUUCCAGCAAAUCUGCCCCAAUGAAGAUUUCUGUCCACCCCCACCAAAUCCUGAAGACAUUAUCAUUGAUGGGGACAGUUUACAAUCAAAGGCUUCAGAAUCUAGUUUCAUACCAGAAGCGAACUCUGAGACUCCCAAGGAAAGCGCAAGCCUGGAAAACCCAGAGGAGUCCUCUCAGUAAUGGAUAUACACCAAAUUGUACACCCACUUUGAAAAUUCCUCCUGGCCUCAGAGUCUU